GAAAAAAAUCCUAUUAGGUUACAAUCAAGCUUGAAACCACCAGCAGCAGCAGUCUUCACUGACUGAACCAUUAGGCAGGGAUUCACAUAGAUUUCCAUGUGCAAGCGUGAGUAGUUGAAAAGGGUUACUAUGUCUGGCUCAGCCUCCGCUAUCAAACUAUGUCAGUUUGUAGAUCCUGCACCAAUCCUACCUCCAGGCACGGCUACACGGCUAUUCGUCAAGGAAAGGAUGUUCAAGGGUUUUAUCCUGGGCAACUAGGACGGGUACACAAGAUGCAUAUGCCUGAAAUGUCUCUAGGACCUUUUAAAGCACUGCAUCCAGCUCCAGUAGAGCAUGAAGUUGAAACUCAGUCCCAUCAUGACUUUGACAAUUUAACUCUUAAGCGGUACAUCCAUUUUCAAAGGACAAUGAAGAAGAAAGGCAGUGACUGGUAUAACCAAACAACAUACAAAGAAGCAUUUGAGUUGCCAUUUUAUGAUAUGGGUUGUGCUAUGGAUAAACAUACGCCAGAGACUGAUCCUAGACCACUUUUCAACUUGGAGAAGUGCUGCCAGUGCAAGACCCCAAGUUUUUAAAUCCACACUCAAAAAUUGGAAUAAGAAAAACAUUUCAACUGAACUUUAAAAAUAAAAAUGGUGCUUUGAAGUUAGCCACCCAUGCA